UUCCAGGAGCGCAUGCGCGGAUGUCUGGCCACAGGUGGCCUGGCAGGCUGUAACCGGCCGCUGAGCGGGCGUUUUUGUGUCCCGAGGCUUGGGCCUGGCAGCCUAGUCCGUAAGCUAAGAAGAGGAGCUUUACGACUUGGCCUGGCGCAGCAAAGGCCAGACUCAGAGCCAGCAGGCGCUGGGCACCAAGCGGCCGGCGCCUGGCGGGCACGAUCGCACGGUCGCUCGGAAGCUCCUCAAUGGCCAGCGCCAACUGCAGCCCAGUCAGCAGCCCCCCACUCGCCUCUUCUGAGCUUGGGCAAAUCUGGAUUGGGAAAGUUGACAUUAAUCAACUCAUUAUUCCUCACAGAUUUGUAUUCUCCAGAGUAUCCAGGUCCUUCUCAUAGAAUUAGAAAGACUGUACAGCUGGAAGCCUGUUAUCGAUUACAUUGCUAGUAAAUCUGAGGACUACCUAAAUGCAGGAUCACGAGUGGACAGACGUUAGAUGCCUGAUAACGGUGCAGUGUUGUUUAUACUUCAUUGCUCCUUCAGAACAUGGGUCAGUACCUUGACACUUCUGAUUCCUUUUGUUGUUGCUGUUGCUUACUGUUACCUUUAUGUGCAUAUUUUAGUAAUCUUUAAGUUUGUGACAUAUAUAUGACUAUACCCAUUAUAAAGUACCAAAUUUCAUAUAGAAAUGUCUUAGUUGAAAAGCCUUUUUAAGUCCUGUAUAAGCUAACAGUGAUUUUACUCCUUAGUUCUUCAUUCAUAAGGAUUUUCCCUGCUUCACGGAAAUAAACAGUGUUGCCACCAUGGUUUGAGGUCUCAAUGUGGCAAAUUUAGCUUUCAUGUUGACCACCCUGCUACUAAUUGAACUACCAAAUAAAGAGAAGCAGCCAUCCCAGUUAGACAUAU